AUGCAGCAGCACAAUAAUGCAGGAAACUCAUCACCUGUUCCACGCCGACGCACAGUAAGUUCAGAUGGAUCAACAUCAACAACAACAUACACCGCCUCUGGUAGUGACACAAAGCCAUACGUUGGCAGCAGCGGCAGUAAUAGUAGUAGUAGUAACAGUAACAGUAACAGCAGUUAUAGUUACAGCUACAGCUACACAGGUUCACAGAGUGGCACAGGAACAGAGAAUACAUCCCCAUCCCCAAGGGAUAAUAAACAGAAGAGUGGGGCAGCACCACAACUACUAUCAAUGCUGCAACGACAAAAAGAACAACGACAACAACUGCUUCCCCCGCGUGCACCUCGUCUGGCUCUAGGUAAUGUCUCCUCUGGGGAGGGAUAUCAGAGUCCCCCAAAGGAGUCUAAGGAAGGUGUAUCUAAAUCCGUUUCAACCUCUUCUGGAAGUUACGGUGAUAGUGGCAGUUAUAGCUACAGCUACAGCUACACUGAAGAAGAGGAGGGGACAGAAGAAGAAGAAGAUGAAGAAGAUUAUACCGGUAGUAACUCUAGUUAUAGCUAUAGCUAUAGUUACAGUGAUGAACCCACCGAUCCCACUGGAGACACUGUUCCACCUAAUAAAGGGAAUAAAGGUAAACGUGAAGAAGUUUCAUCAGUGACAGUAUCUUCAUACUCUGGACAGGAUAGCGCAACGACUGGUGAGAGUAGCAGUGGGAGUUACACCACCGAGUCCUACACCGGUUCUACCGGUGAUAGCAGCGGCAGUGGUAGUUACACAGGCUCUUACAGUGUUACGGACAGCAGUGAUGGCUAUAGCUACAGCUAUAGUUACUCCACAAGUGGACCUACAGUUUCUGGUACAGGAUCAACAGCAACAACAACAACAUCAGGAACAAGGAGUUCAGAGUUUACCACAGACUCUUCUUCAGGCACAGGUCAAGGGUAUACAGACAGCAUAACGCGUUCCACAGGUGAAGAUUCAUACAGCUACUCUUACUACUCCUAUUCUUACAGCGGCAAGGAUACAACAAGCUCUGGACCUCAUCGGUAUAGCUCUACCCUUACUACAGAGUCAGAAGAUUCCGAAAUGAGUUUAACGGCAAGUGACACACGCACGGGAAGUGGUUCUUCUUCUUCAUAUUCAAAGAGUCACCGUUUGCAUAAGGAUUUGCCACCACUGUACCCUGAUAUAAGGAGUUCGAAGGCGUUGACAACCUCAACUUCAACCUCAACUGGAACUACUACUACUGCUACUGCUACCCCCAGUACUACCACCACUUCGCUUAUAAGGGAUGACGGGAGUAGUUGGCACAGUUACAGUGAUGAGAUCUCCCGUAGUGGUAGCACAACAGUGGCUACAACAAGCACCGGAAGGUCUAGUCGUUCAUCAACUGCGAUAGGCGCUACAGAGUCUGUGCAGGUGCGUGAAGUGCUUACACUUUGUGCACCAUCAGAGGAAGCUCCACGCAUUCGAGCACUACCCCAUACUUGUCUCAUACCUUAUGGUUCUGUGAACGACACAGUUGCACAAUUUGUAGAUCGUCUUUCAGAUGUACAAAUUGAUGUGCUACGUAAAGAAGCGCAGGAGAAGGCGGCAGCAGCAGCAGCAGCUGAAGAAGGAAAGAAGGAAAAAUCAAAGUCGAAAAAAAAGAAAGAGAGUGUUAAGGUCAAAACUAGUUCAGGUAAAGAAGAGAUUCAAGAAAAAGAAGAAAAAAAUAAGCCACUUGUUAUUUCAACGGAUGUUCCAGCUGGAUGUUUUAUUAAAAAGAGUGUUAAAUUUGCUCUUAAGGCAGUUGGUGUGGAAACAACAGAAGAACGGGCUUUGAUUUUAAAGAGUCUUACGUUGCCUUUGCAGCAUGAUGCCUUAUUAACACUGUUAAACAACCAAGCACAUCAAUGCCUUUUUCAACGUAUCAGAUCCAUGUUUUGUGCACAUGAUAGAUUUAUGUCAGGUGAGGUUUCGCUAAAUGUGACACUAGAUAUUUUUCGUCGAUGUGGCAUUGCACACCGUAACGUUGGGGACUUUACAUUAAGUUUACAUUCUUUGUCUCCAAAGGCACGCUAUCCAAUGGUCUGUGUGACACAACGAAGUCUGUUAACGAAUCCCACUACUAACACUACUCCUAAUGGAGAGAAUACACCACCGUUGGAGUCUCAAAUCAAUGAGGUAACGUUAGAUGUGUGUAGCAGUGCACUGCGUGCGGGUGGUGUAAAUGUUUGUUGGGAUGAAGAAGGUGGUGAUCUCUACGUGGGGAAUCUUCCUGUGAUUAAAAUGGUUGGAACACCCCGUAGUACUGCGCGGUAUAUAUUACAACAACUUGAGGCAAUGAUUCAUGUAUGCCUUUCUGUGGAAGCCUGUACUGUAAAUGAUCCAACUUCACUCUCCCAUGUUCUCUACACCCCACUGCUUACCGCACUGUUCUCUUCACCCCCGAGUGCUUUCCCUAAUGCGAAGUCUGUUAUUGUUGAGAAUGCCCUCGCAACUCUACUGAAACCCAUACAACAGCUUGAGCGUUUGGCCACACAUCAUCGCAUUCAGGAGCGGUAUUUGGGUAGUGGUGAGGAUACUCUCUUGCGGGACACAAUUCCAAAUCGACAGGAGGAUAUGGCUCUUUUGAUUAUGCAAGAAGAGCAAUAUCAAGAAAAACAACAAUAUGCACAACACGGUAUUGUUGACUGGAUGCCUAAAAUUGCUGCUAGUGGCGAUAAAUUUGAGACUAUUUCUGCACAGACUGUGAAUGACGUGCAUUAUGAUGUGAGUCUCAAGAAACUGCGAAUUGCAGAGGCAGUGCCUGCUGAUGCUCGUUGCUAUUGUCUUGUGAGCGCGCGAAAGAAGUCGAGUGGUGAAUGGAUGCGUGCGGUUGUGGUUCCUGUUGUAAGUGUGAAACCAUCAAAGAAGGGUGGUUUUAAGUGGACGUUUGGGGAAAAUGAAACUGACCGCAUUUUCUUCGCAGGAAGCAAAACGGACACACUGUACAUUGAAGCAUGUUACGAUGUAAGUGAUGGAGUGACGAGAGAAGGAGGAAUUGGUGGUGAAGAAAUAUUGACGUGGUGUGCUGGUCACGCGGUGAUUGUUUGCAGUAGUGCGAAGAGUGGCACCUUCUCUGUUAUGCACGGUAGUUUAAUUCCCGAUAAUAAUAAUGAUAAUAAUAAUAAUAAUAAUAAUAAUACUGCAACCGAAAGCAAACUUGUUGAGCCGUCCAAAGGAUUUUUCUGCUGUUUUCGCCGCAAGCAAAAUGCGGCUGCUGCUAAAUCCCUCACGAUUGCAAUUCGGUCUCUGCGGGCGAAUUCACUUUCGCCGCGUGAAAGUCUUCCAAGUCGUUGUCUUGCACUGCGCCGCCACGUACCGCUGAUGGCACAAAUGCGGGAUGCCAUCGUGAAUGCCUCUUUUGACCAUAAAAAUAACAACAACGAUAAUAACAAUAGUAAGAAUAAGAACAAGAGCAAGAGCAAGAAUGACGUGAACACUACUGCGUUGCAACCACCGCCGCUGCAUGUACUGCGGCAGCAGCAGGUGCAGUGCUGCUUCACUGUGGCGGCCCACACAGUUCUCAUGGAUGUACUCGCAACACUGUGGGACCGCACACUGCGCGGGAAGAUGGGGGCAAAGCCAAAGAACACAGAACAAAAACAAAAGGCGUUACUCACUUUGGCGUCGAAGAUUGCUGCUGUACAUAAUAAUAUUGGCGAAGAACAGGAUGCUAUUGUGAAUAUUGUGGCUCGUGGGGCUUCUAUACCUGGUCCGCUGAACUCACAACAGGCACCACAAAGACCAAUCUACGUUUAA